AUGGAAUCACCGGUAUCAGCUUUUGCCAUUUACAAAGCUAAUAAACCCAAAGUAAACAAUAAAAAGCAAAAAAAGAAGAAAAAACAUCCCAAAGGAAACCCUACAGUCCAACAACAAUCACCGAAAACAUCAAAUAAACAUAUUUUUGAACUUCCCGAAGAUGUGUUGCUGCAAGGAGCAAAGAAAAUAAAACAGAAGCAGAAGAAGACGAAAGAAGCAAAGACUAUCGGUAUAAAUAAGACCCUUAAGAAGAAAAAGCGAACAGAACCGAAAUCAAGCAAAAAAAGCAAAGUUGUAAAUAAGCAACAUGAAAUUAAUGGAGUAAAAAAGAACCGAAAACUACCUGAAUAUGAAGAAGUCCCUAUGUUAAUACCGUCUGUACAAAAUCAUCUCAAUAUUCAAGUAUCUGAUGACGAUUCGUGUUCGCACUCUGAUGAUGAUAGUUUUGAGUUUGUCCCAGUUCAAACAGACAGCAGCAAUGAAGGUCUAAAAGCCUUCAAGUGGAUGAUCGCACCAUACAACCCUGAUGAAUUUCUUAAUGGUAUUUGGGAGAAGAAACCUUUACACAUAGCCAGGGAAAAGCCGAAUUAUUAUAAAGAACUAAUUUCAACACCCAUCAUUGACGAUAUGUUACGUAAUGAAAAUAUUCAAUUUACCAAGAAUAUUGAUGUAACUUCCUAUAUUAAUGGUAAGAGAGAAACGCACAAUCCGGAAGGAAGAGCCCAUCCACAUCUUGUGUGGGAUUUCUAUCUUAAUGGAUGUAGUAUUAGGCUUUUGAAUCCUCAAACUUAUAUACCAAAAUUACACUUGUUAAAUGCUACGAUGCAAGAAUUCUUCCACUGCUUUGUUGGUGCCAAUGCAUAUUUGACCCCACCAGAUAGUCAAGGAUUUGCCCCACAUUAUGAUGAUAUUGAAGCUUUCAUAUUACAGAUAGAAGGUAAAAAACACUGGCGAAUUUAUAAGCCUCGUGCUGAAAACGAGACAUUGCCAAGAAUAUCUUCCAAGAAUUUUGACCAGGAAGAAAUUGGGGCUCCAAUCAUGGAGGUAAUUUUGGGAGCUGGAGAUAUGCUUUAUUUUCCUAGAGGAUAUAUUCAUCAGGGUGUCACUAUAGACGGAGAACAUUCCCUACAUGUGACUGUGAGCAUGUAUCAGAAACACUCCUGGGCAGACUUAUUUGAGAAAUUAGUACCAGCAGCUUUACAAAUAGCAAUUGAAGAAAACAUUGAAUUGAGAAGAGGUCUGCCUUUUGAUAUUUAUGACAAUUUUGGUUUGGUUCAUUCUGACAUGAGAACCCUAAGGAGGGAAGAGAUCACAGAACUAAUUAAAACACUAUUUGAGAAAAUUAAAGCCCACUUGCCUAUAGAUGAUGCUGUAGACCAAAUGAUGAAGAAUUACCAACAUGAUGUUCUACCACCAGUUCUAAGUGAUUUGGAGAAAGCAGUUACGGUUCAUGGAGACACUGAUGUUAUGAUUGAGAAUGGGCAGGUCAUAAACAGAGUUGAAAUAAGCCUCGACACCAGAAUACGGCUGCUGAGAAAGAAUAUUUUAAGAAUGGUAUCUGAGGACAAAAUUAGACUUUAUUAUUACGCUGAGAAUGCCCUAGAAUAUCACGGUAGUGAAUUGUCAUUUCUUGAAAUUGAAGAGGACUUUGCUCCUGCUGUAGAAACGUUGAUAACCACAUAUCCCGAGUAUGUGUCCGUUGAAAACCUGGAUAUGCCUAAUGAUACUGAUAAGUUGCAGCUAGCUGGUGCUUUGUGGUCCAGGGGUUUGAUUAUGACCGAGUACCCUUUAUAUACUAUUGAUAGUGAAUAAAUAAAGCAUGUAUACUUCAUUUCAAUCCAUUUUAAACAAAUAAGUCACUGACCCAACCACAGACGGUUUGGUGAUGACCAAUGAAUCGAUUUGUUUAAUUGAGUCAUACUAGCGGUUUUCAUUACAUAACCUAUAAAAUAAUUUGAAAUUUCCAAAAUCUUAAUUUUAAAAUCUUCAAAUCCUUACACUUAGAUACUAAGUUGAUUGCGAUUGAAAUUUUCAAUUGACUAAUUAAUAACAAAAACUUUAAUUGAAUGAACUGAAUGUUUUUUCCAUAUAGCACUAUGCAACCAUGGACUUAACCACAGACACAUACGACUACCAUUUUUCUAAUACUAUUUUAUGAUGUUAUUCAAAUUGUUGGGAAAAGUGAUGAGAUAUCAAGUCAAAAUCUUUGAAAUAUACGUGAAAGAGUUACUUAAUUAAUAUUGAGUGA